GAAAAAAAAAAGAUUUUUUCGGAAAAAGUUACAUACUGUAUCCAAAAUGAGGACAUUUUCCUUUGUGCGAGUUCUUUUAUUUUAUUUUUUAUUUUUCUAUUCCCGGGCCAGGAGUCCCAUAACGAGAAGUUAUGUUUCCAAAAAGAAUACACGAGUUUUUGUUGCAAGCAUCUGACGUCCAACUUGAACUGAAACCCUGAGCUAAUUGAGUAAUCCUCACAAACAAGAAGACAGAAUCACUGAUAAUAAAAUUGAGAGAGAACAGAAAGAAACUCUGAGAACGCCAUGGCCACCGACUUCCAAUCGAUUCCUUUAAUUGAUAUUAGUCCUCUUGUGGAUAAGUGGGAUGAUCCAAACAUGGCUCAAGACAAAGGCGUUGCUGAAGUAGUCAGACAGUUGGAUCAGGCUUGUAGGGAAGCUGGAUUCUUUUAUGUGAAGGGCCAUAACAUCCCUAUCUCCCUAAUUAAAGAGGUCAGAGCCAUAGCACAUGAAUUUUUUGAUUUGCCUUACGAGGAGAAAUUGAAGAGCAAACUGUCUGCAGCAACUGGAUACAGGUUUGCUUAUGAUAUUAUUCUAUAUCCUAAAUGUUGGAAUUAUUUGUAGUUCUAAUCCAAGCUCAUUCCAAAUUUUUUGAUUGCAGAGGGUAUCAGCAUGUUGGUGAAAAUAUAACCAAAGGAAUACCUGACAGGCAUGAAGCAAUUGAUUGCUACAGAGAAGUCAAUCAUGGCAUGUAUGGAGCUCUUGGUGAACCUAUGCAAGGUUCUAAUGUGUGGCCAAGCAAUCCAGGAAAUUUCAAGAAAUUGAUGGAGGAGUAUGUCAACCUUUGUACAGACCUGUCAAGAAAAAUUAUGCGAGGGAUUGCUCUAGCUUUGGGUGGAUCAGAAGUUGAAUUUGAAGAAUCAAUUGCCGGUGAUCCGUUUUGGGUGUUACGGAUAAUUGGUUAUCCGGCUGCAACCCUUGCAAAUGGUGAAGGCAUGCCAAAGAAUGAUAUUGGCUGUGGAGCACACACAGAUUAUGGCUUGCUGACAUUAGUCAAUCAAGAUGAUGGUAUCACUGCUCUUCAGGUAAGAAACAAGUCUGGUGAGUGGAUUUCAGCUCCACCCAUCCCUGGAUCGUUUGUUUGCAACAUUGGUGACAUGUUGAAGAUACUAUCCAAUGGGAUUUAUGAAUCUACUUUGCACCGUGUGAUCAAUAACUCACCAACUUAUCGUGUAUGUGUGGCCUAUUUUUACGAGACAAACUUUGAUGCUGCUAUAGAACCAUUGGAUGCAUGUGUACAGCAAACUGGAGGAAUGAAGAGGUUUGAAGGAGCUGUUUAUGGUAAACACUUAGUGAGUAAGGUCCUGACAAAUUUCAUAUACUGAGAUAAACAGACAACUGUGAAGUUGCAUGUACUUGAUAACAUCGACACAAUUUACAUUAUGUUUCUGUUCAGUCAUCAUUGGUUCAAGUUACCAUAUAGUACUUUCAGUAGUCAUCAGUGUUUCUGUUCAGUCUCCUGUAUUGUCAAUUUCUGGAAACUUUAAAAAAUUUUACCUGCAAAUUCCGCUUGCUUCAUUUAAUUUUUUUUUUGAUAUACCCAUUGUUUUCUCGGCCUAUUAGUAAUACCAUGGUCAGUAAGUCCUCAUCACUUUGAAUAAACAUGUUGUGAUUACAGUGUAUCAUAAUCCCUCUAGUUCCAGAAACGAGUGCUUAGUUUGGGACAGAGAUAGUAGUUGUUUAGUUUGAAACCGAUCAAUCUGUUGCUGAUAAUCAAGGUAGUGUAACUCAUACCUGUGCUCGGAAGAGGUGACUAAAUGAUAAUUCGUGCUUCAUGACUAGGAGUCCUGUGGACUCCUCAGAAAUCUGUUUAAUGCAGCUUUUUGUAUGUUGAAUGUAAUAGUUAAAGAUGCUCCUUCCUGGCCGUUAUGGAAAAUGUUAACGGUUUCGCUAGUGAGUUCCAGUAGAAUUCUCUUCUUUUUCUUUUUCUUUUUCUUUUUUUUCUUUUGGCCUUUUAGGCGCUACUGAAAGAGGUGUUCCUUUUGGCCAUCAAGCAGCGUUCCCUUAACGAUGUGGCUCACCCGUCGAGGUGAAUAGAGCUCAAUGGACAACAACGAUAAAAAGAGUGUUCUUUUGAAAACGUGUGACAUUGAUGUCUUUUAUGAACGGAAAUUAAGUAACUUGAAUUUUGGAUUAAUCUUUACACAAAAGAGUUGCUUGCACAGAUGGUAAAUACACCAACAAAAGCAUAGGAGUACUUGCGUAAUCAGCUUAGCUAUAUAUCUUACAACAUACAUCCAACUUAGGACAUCAUUAUUAUUUGAUGGUGAUGGUGUUAAAGCCAAUACUAAAGAGGCCAGUCUAGUCGUGCUUCCCCUUUAAAGCUUCAUAAGCUCUGGAUGGACUCCUAGCUUUCUUCCUCACACGAUGAGAUGUCUGUUGUUGUCGGUUCGACCGAUGAUGAAUUUUGCAAGGCACAUAAUUAAGCGAGCUGGGAUCCGGGCAAGUCCGGCCAACGGAGAAGAAAGCUGCACAUUCUUUGGCACUCCUCUGAUUCGGAAGGUCUAAAAUGCAAUUCAUGCUCAUGUCAAGAAUCCCUUUCUUGAUCAACUCCCUGCAUUCUUCACCAACUUGUGUGAAGUAAUUGAACCUCAGGUCCACCGACAUCAAAUCGUCCAGGGCGCACAGAGAUUCCGGCACGGCCCCGUACAACUGGUUGAAUGUGAAGUUCAUGAUCUGCAUUUCUUCCAGGCACCCGAAGGAGUUUGGAAUUGGACCUGUCAACUUGUUUAUGCUGGCAUCGAAAAUCGUGGUCUUGUUCAAGAAACCGAUCUCGUACGGAAGACAACCCGACAGCUGAUUGUUGAGCAGCAGGACUUCAAGGAGGUUUAUGGCAGUUUGGCCAAUGCUCUUGGGGAUGGGACCAGUGAGUUUAUUGUUUGCUAAGGUAAGGAAAAGAACAGGGGUUUGGCCAAGGUUUUCAGGAAUGUUCCCAGUGAAGCCAUUGUUGUUGAGGAACAGAACGUCGAGGUCUAGCUUGAAGACUUGCGGAGGAAUUGGGCCGGUGAGAAAAUUGAACCGCAAGUCCAAGAAUGUUAAUAGGGUGGCACUAAGCACUGGUUUCGGAAAUGCUCCUACGAGCUUGUUGUUACUGAGGUCGAGCUCGUAGAAUUGACGGAGCUUGGAGAUAUUGUAAGGAAUGGCGCCGGUGAAAUUGUUGGAGUUGGCGUGGAAGAACACAGUGUCCUUGAGAUUUUCCAGGAAGCCCUGUACGAGAAGUGGGCCUCUGCCGGGUUUGGUGUUGAAGUUAUUGCCGUUGAAAUCGACACCCACGAGUCUGAAUUUACUGUUUGGUUCUGAGUCUCCUUUGUAACAAAUGAAGCCAACGUACUUGGAUUUGUCGAUGCAGAGCUUGUUGCCUGUCCAGGUUUUGACGACCCCUUUAGGGUCAUUAAGUAUAUUUCUUCCGAACCUUUGGAUAAUCCUGGCGGACCUUUCUAUUUCAGGGUUUACAUAUAAUGGAGGCGUGGGAGAUGGUGGCCGGGGUGGUGGAUGCGGAGGUACCAUCUUUGGUGGACGUGGUGGAGGAGGAGGGGGUGGACAUGGUGGAGGAGGAGGGGGAGGGCAGUCUCCAUUUUCAGGAGGGUAGCCAGGCGGAGUACUUCCGCCGCCUAUUACGAUUUCCAGGGCUAAUCUGCCGUUUUGUUGGGCAGCUGAAACUGGAGGGGUGCUGCCAAUGGCAUUGUAAAAGCAGCAAGAAAAAUGCAAGAGAAGAAAGAAGGCAAGUGGAAGUCUAGAAAGGAGAGUGUUGGUCUCCAUUUUCCACUGCAACUUGUGAAGAAAUGUUUGAACUGGGAAAAGCGCAGUGAACACCUAUAAAUAUAUAGAAUGAUUCUACAGUACUGGUUGUUGAAGAAGGUUAAAAGGGACUUGGGCAGCGCCACAUUCAUCGAUUGCGACAGCUGCGCUUUUUGAGAGAUGAAUGUGACAUCCUUCAAUCAGGUCUGACUGAACAGAAUAAAUCUGGUGGGAUAGGGCAGCUCAAGAAGUUCAAUUAAUGUGUGAAAUGUUGUUAUUCAUAUUAAUCUCAUCAAAGUUCACACAGAGUUAUUAUCUUCAUCUUAAGCAUCAAGUAUUCAUGCAAAUAGUUGUGGAAACUGGUACAUCACUCUCCGCCACUGAAUAAAAUCAUGUUUGUUAUAUUGUUUUAAGGUAUUGGUAACUUUCUCGCCAAUUUUCGAUCAGAACACAGGAGAAAUGGUUCCUGGGCCUUAAUGAGUUGGAGAAUUUUGACCUUUACGCUUCGAUCAAAAAAUACAUAAAAUUUAUUAGUCUUCAAGGUCCACAGGAAGCAACUAUUUUGCUCGUGUUGCAUAUCAACUCAAAAGUGGAUAAGAUAAUAGCGCUCAAGAAUUCUUUGCUUGGCCAUGAGUUCACCGCUGAUACAAAAAGGUACCCACAUUCCGCCUCCACAUGGUUAAAAAGUAGCUCAAUUAUGCAAAGGACCAUUGACGAAGACUUAGCUCAAUUAUUUCAAAGUUUGUCCUUGAUACACGAGUAAUGGCAUCUCUUGUAAGUUGUCAACCCACAAUUAAUAUGCCUACACCGCUGCAGUUACACUACACAGUUCAAUAUUUGGGCACCAAACUUCUAAUCAUCAUAUAUUU